AUGAAGCCCUCCACGCUCGAUCCUGAAGAAGCCCAGCCGCUCCUCGCGGACCCGCCGAAGACGCGCCGCGCGACUCCCAAGGUCCUGGCGGCCGCCGCGGUGGCUCUCUGCCUCCUCGGCGCGUACAGCGGGUCCAUGGCAGAAGAAGCAAGCUCCGAUCCAGAGAAGCGACAGCACCGUCUAGACUCCUCCUCCCCGCUCUGCGACAGCACCGUCGAGACGAGCGUCGUGAACUACACGAUCCCCGGCCUCGUGAACGUCUUCAACGCCGAGUGGGACUCUCUCGCUCAAUCCACCGGCCUCGAUCCCUACAUGAACGUGAUCAACACGGACAUCAACAUCCCUAAGGACUACUUUUGCGACGAGUCCUGCGCUGUGGAUGGCGGAGGCAGCUGCACGAAGUCCUUCGUCAAAUUAGACCUCACCGAGAUGACGGGCCUCGGCGACUUCGUGCUCGAGACCAUCGACCAAGCGUCGAUGACCGUCAACACGGACGACACGUCGUGCGGGGAGCCCGACGGCGCGACGUGCGCGUUCUCGGCCUCGUUUCCUAUAACGAGCAAGCUCUCGUCGGGCUCGACGCUCAAGCUCACGUUCUCGAAUCUCGACUUUCAGUGCAAGUGUAAGGGCCCCUUCGGCGGCGCGUACCAGCAGACGCCAGUCAACCUCGGCACGGAGACGUGCAAGUCCACGGAUGCGAAGGCCACGGGCACGCUGUCGGUGUGCUUCGCGGGCUGCUCGCCGGGCGGCGCGAUCACGUCCGCGGCCAUCACCGAGUUCAAGAUCAGCGACUCGACCACGGUCACGUGCGAUUCGAACGAAGGGUUCUGGGCCGAGGUGCAGUCCUGGCUGAUCCCGCAGUUCGCGGGAGACAUCUACGGCGCGGUGAAUGCGCCGAUCGAGGACGCCAUCAACAGCGAGUUCUCCACGCUCGUCGACGACUACAACCUGGACACGUGCGGCAGCUCGUGA